AUGACGACCCCUAGGGUCCUGCGCUUUGACGCCGAGGGCACUGACGCUAGCUCUACAGACAGAGACCGUUUUGCCCGCCAGCGUGCUGACCUCUCAGCGUGGACGUCGCGUGACGCUGCGGCCUGCAUCGCCCUCAGCAGCCUCCUCCCUGAGUCUGAGGAGGCCCACUUCACUCAGGUUCGCACGGCUAGUGAGUUCCUGACUGCGAUCAAGGCCCGCUACGCUACUCCCACCACUGUCUCUCUUGGUCGCCUGUUCCUCCCGUUCCUGUUUCCUGACCUCGCCUCGUUUGAGCGCUCUGCUGACUUGAUUGCUCACCUCCGCUCGCUCGAUUCUAGCUACCGCGCUGCCUGCACUGACGCACAGCUUGCACUGCUCCCUCCCCCCAUGGCGAUUACUAUCUAUUUCAUCGCCACUAGCCUCCCUGACCGCCUCGCCUCGGUUCGUGCCGCGCUUCUUUUGAAGCAACCUAGCGAGCUCACUAUUAAGGUCCUUGAGUCUGCCCUCAAGGACGUCGAGAGCAACCUCCGCUCGGUAGCCUCCGCCUCUGGCGCUGUGCCCCCUCCACUGUUUCACGGGUACACUGUCCCUCAGCUGCCUAACUUUACUGCCUCCCUCGCCACUGCUGCUACUGACGUGACCGCAGCUGCUGUUAUGAGUUCUUCGCGGUCUAGGGGUAGGAGUGGCAGGAGGGGCGGUCAGGGUGCGGGCGGUGGCGGCGGAGGCGGCGGAGGUGGCGUGGCGAGCGGCGGUGGCGGGAGUGCAGGAGUUGGAGGAGCACCUCGUCCAGCCACUAGUGUCUCCCCUGCUGCAGCUGGUGGAGGUGAUGCUAGGGUACGUCAGGCACCUGCUGGACUGCCAGCUGCAUGUGCUGGAGUGGUGGCUUGGUACCUGACUUGGCGACAGCAGCAGCAGCAGCCACUCCUCUCGCAGCAGCCGCAGCAGCAGCAGAGGUAG